AGUGCCCCGGGCAGCGGCGCGCCCCGCAGGCAGACGCAGCCGCCCCGGCGCUGGUGGACGCGGCCCGCGGACCCUCCAACCGCCGCCCCUCCCCUCGUGGGGGGCUCCGGAGCUAGCGAUGGGAGGCACGGCUCGCGGGCCGGGGCGGAAGGAUGCGGGGCCACCCGGGGUCGGGCUCCCGCCUCAGCAGCGGAGAUUGGAGGAUGGUGUGUACGAUUCCUUCAUGAUGAUCGAUGAAACCAAAUGCCCACCCAGUUCAAAUGUCCUGUGCACUCCUGAGCUGCCGCUUCCCCGAAGACUGAAUAUCUCCAGUGAGCAGUUAACAAGAGAUCAUCCGCAGCACUUUCUGAAUGGAGGCGAGAUGAAGGUGGAACAGCUGUUUCAAGAAUUUGGCAACAGACGGUCUGGUACGCUCCUAUCAGAAGGUGCCGGUGACUCCGAAAGAUGCUUCCCGCCCUCUUCUCAGGGGAAAAGUUCAGAAAGCUUUCACACAGUGAAAUCCAGCAGUUCAUCCAAGACACUGAAAGUGGUGGUGCCGCUAACGCCCGAGCAAGCCCUGAAGCAGUACAAGCACCACCUCACUGCUUACGAGAAGGUGGAAAUCACCAACUACCCAGAAAUCUACUUUGUCGGUCCAAAUGCCAAAAAAAGACAAGGAGUUGUUGGUGGUCCCAAUAACGGGGGCUACGAUGAUGCAGAAGGGGCCUAUAUUCAUGUACCUCGAGACCACCUGGCGUAUCGAUACGAGGUGCUGAAAAUUAUUGGCAAGGGAAGCUUUGGCCAGGUAGCCCGGGUCUACGAUCACAAACUCCGACAGUACGUGGCCCUAAAAAUGGUGCGGAAUGAAAAGCGCUUCCAUCGGCAAGCGGCAGAGGAGAUCCGGAUAUUGGAGCAUCUUAAGAAACAGGAUAAAACUGGGAGCAUGAACGUUAUUCACAUGCUGGAAAGCUUCACCUUCCGGAACCACGUGUGCAUUGCUUUUGAAUUGCUCAGCAUUGACCUGUAUGAGUUGAUUAAAAAAAACAAGUUUCAGGGAUUUAGCCUCCAGCUAGUCCGCAAGUUUGCUCAGUCCAUCCUGCAAUCUUUGGAUGCACUCCACAAAAAUAAGAUUAUUCAUUGUGACCUGAAGCCAGAAAACAUUCUGCUGAAACACCACGGGCGCAGCGCCACCAAGGUCAUCGACUUUGGGUCCAGCUGUUUCGAAUACCAGAAGCUUUACACGUACAUCCAGUCCCGUUUCUACCGGGCCCCGGAGAUCAUCCUGGGAUGUCGCUAUAGUACGCCUAUUGACAUAUGGAGUUUCGGCUGCAUCCUGGCAGAGCUCUUCACCGGACAGCCUCUGUUCCCGGGAGAGGACGAAGGCGAUCAGCUGGCGUGCAUGAUGGAGCUUCUGGGAAUGCCACCACCCAAACUUCUAGAGCAAUCCAAACGUGCCAAGUACUUUAUUAACUCCAAGGGCUUACCUCGCUACUGUUCCAUGACUACUCAGGCAGAUGGGAGGGUGGUACUUGUGGGGGGCCGUUUGCGGAGGGGUAAAAAGCGGGGUACCCCAGGCAGCAGAGACUGGGGGACAGCACUGAAAGGAUGUGAUGACUACUUGUUCAUGGAAUUUCUCAAAAGAUGUCUUCAGUGGGACCCCUCUGCCCGCAUGACCCCAGCGCAGGCAUUAAGACACCCUUGGAUCCUUAAGUCUUUGCCCAAAUCUCUAACCACAGACAAGGCGCCAGGAAAACCAGUAGUGAGUCCUACGAAUGCUUUCCAGGGGCUGAGUUCCAAGCUCCCUCCCGUUGUUGGCAUAGCCAAUAAGCUUAAGGCUAACCUGAUGUCAGAAAACAGUGGCAGUAUACCUCUGUGCAGUGUAUUGCCUAAACUGAUUAGCUAGUGGAUAGCGUAGAGGUGCAUAUGUGUGUAUUUUUAUCUUGUGAACCUGCAAAUGGAGAACAAUGCAAACCCAUUGGUGGAUAUGAUUUUGUUGGACUAGACUUCUUUCUCUUUUUUUUUUUUUAAAACGAGGCAAAACAUUUUUAUAUGACUAUAAAAAGAACUAUGGAAGGGCUAAUUACCUAACAAGCUUGUAUUGGCCAUCUGGAAUAUACAUUAAAUGGCUUUUUAUAGGUCA